GACGAAGAAGACGAUCGGAAGCACGGAUGCUCAUGGUUUGCUAUCUGUGGGAGCAGAACCAGUGUUUCAAAGGCGACAUUGCAAGUUUCCCACUUCCUAUCUGCAUCGUCGUCGUCUUCAUCUUCAUGUCCUUAACCUUAUCCUCUUGCAAAUCAAUGGCUUUCACUGCCACAUUCAGCAGAUACGCCACUGUCUCUCUCCACCGACGGAGGAGGAUUGCUGGAGUUGUUGGGGUUGGUAAGGAAGAUACAGAAGUGCGCGUUGAUGCCGUUGAAGAUUUAUCGAUGAAUACCCAGCUGGAGCAAGCAGACCCACAAGACCUCGAAUAUGUACCCCAAAUCCAAAGAUUACGCCUUUGAUGCUUACUUUUUAUCAUGCUUUCACUCUCUUGAAUCUUUUGAGUUUAGACUAUAAGGUUUUGUGUGCGUCUAGGUUUUGGAACCUCUUAGGAAGAACAGAGACAUGCUCUUCAGCGAGGUACUGAUUUAUUCAUGUUUAUAUAAUAGAAACUAGCUAUGUGCGUGCAAUUAAUUUUUUGCGUAGGUUGAAUUGAUAGUAAUGAUAGAGGACCCAAGAGAAGUAGAGCGAAGGAGAUUGCUUGGCAUUGAGGAUCCUGAUACCCCUACUAGGGAAGAUCUUGUUGAAGCACUGGAACAAGUGAAUGAAGGAAAGGUGCCUGCAAAUCGGCUUGCUUUGAGAAUGCUAGCUGAGGAGAUGAUCAAUUGGCCUAAUUUAGGGGUUGAAGUGCCAAAGAAAAAGCGUGCCACAUCCCUAUAUGUGAAAGCUACAGACACUGGAAUUGAUCCUAAAGAGGCUGCUAAGAGGCUAAACAUUGAUUGGUAUUCUGCAGCUGAAAUUGAAGAAGCUGAAGUCAAUGAUGAAACAGAAGUUCCCCCUUCUGUGGUUUGUUCCAUCCUUAGUAAUUUAACUAGUAUUUGUCACUCGUCAUAUGGUUUAUGCAUUGGACCUGUUCUGGAUAGUUGAAAUGUGGCUGCCUUUUGGCAGUGUACAUGGUAUCAUUAACACACCAUCAGUUUAAGUAGCUGCUCUUAUAAUGUCAAAUUUUAAAAAAUAUGGAAGUCAAAAGUUACUACUAAUUGCAUAAUAAUUUGAAAAAAUGCAUUGAUAGUUUUAUCUGUUUAUUGGAUUUCUUCACAAUAAAACUGUCGAGUCAAGUGCAUUUCUUGAAUAAUUCAGAGUUUAAAAUUUUGAACUUCAGGUUCAGCAUUAGCUAAAUAAUAAGAUCCUGACAAACAGAGCAAAUUCUUUUGCAGGGUUAUGAAGCACUAUACUUGGUCACAGCUUUUCCUGUUAUUAUUGGUAUAUCCAUAGUCUUAACUUUAUUUUAUAAUUCUCUCCAAUAGAGAUUUUUCUUUCCGGCUGGAUUUCAGUGUAUAAUCUUCACCUAAGAGUCAAUUGCACGAGUUUGUAAAUUAGUGUCAUGAAUGGAAGAUUGUUACUCUGCCAAAUAUGUCUAAUCUAAACUACUUAAAAAUGUCAUUUAUGCUUACAAUCUAUUCUAAUCCUAUGUUCAGAUUUUCUAUCUGCAAUCUGAAUUAUUAAAUUAUGCAUCACCUUCAGAAGUGCUGCUGUGUAUGAAUUUUAUAGUUUUUCAGAUUCAAGCACUCGCCUUCUUUCACAUGUUGAGGUUUUGCCACUGAUUAUUCUCAUUAACAUAAGAAGCAACUUUCAAAACUCAGUUCUGACAUCUCAUCAAAAUUUUGUUAUUAUUUUAUUAAAGGUCAAUGCCAAUA